GUACAAUGCUUUGAAAGCAUUCAAAGUGUGCCUAGUACUCAAAGGGUUAAGCCACAAAGUUCAUUUGUCUCACAUUUUAUUGGACAUAGAAUUACCUGCUCUUGAGUGCAGAGUUUCUAUUUACUCUGCACAAUUCAUGACAGGGAAGUUCCAGUAACAGAACGCUCAUGGAUAAAUAUGUAUAACUAAGUGCAACAAAGUACCAGAAGCUUUUAAUCUAUUAAUCAGGAGGAUUUUGCAAAGUCCUCAACUAUAACACAAUAUUUAAUCCUGCCUGCACUCAAUUGGUGAUUUAUUUGAAGCUUUAAGGACAACAAUCAUGCCAAACUGCAGUGACAGCUUGCCAAGUUCUGAAGAUCUAAUGAAAGGUUUCACAGCUGGUGACAUUGCUGUUAUGGUAAUACUUAAUUUGGUAGCAAUUGCCUCUUAUGCCAUCUUCAUUGAACUAUGGAUCAGCUUACACAAUAAUAUUGCAAAUCCUGUAAUUCAGGAUAAGACCCGAUUAAUACUCUUGUUUUCCUAGGUAACUACAGUUGCCUACCAGUUGGGAAUAUUUGUUCCACGAGCUGGAACCUUAGUAGACUUUGUGACUGCAGUUUAUACGAGCAUCUCUUUGUUUAGUUUCUUCCACCUCACGAUAACUUACCUUGGUGGAGUAACUGAGGCCAUUGAUAAACUUGGAUUUGUGGAUGCAUCUCUAAAUGUGGGUCCUUGUUGUUGUUGUUGCAUCUGCCUUCCAAAGGUCAAGAUAAAUAGAAAAGCUUAUAGAAUUCUCCGAUUUGGCAUUUUGCAAACUUUGAUUCUGCAACCAGUGCUUCAGUUCAUUUCUGCUGUCCUAUGGGCUGACGGGAAGUAUGACAUUGGAGAGGUCCAUCCAACAAAUCCCUUAUUCUACAUUAAGAUCCUACUCAACAUAUCUGCUUUAAUGUCCUUGUAUGUAUUCAAUCUGUUACUGAAGGCUGCAUUUGGAAUUGCAGAAGCGAACUAUCAUCUUUUGGCCAAAUAUGCCAUUAUAAUGGUCUACAUCAUCCUCAGUAAUUUACAGCCAUUAAUUUUAAGUUUGUUUGCAACUUACAAUAUCAUUCCCUGCGUGACCCUCUAUUCAUCAAAAAGCAGAGCUUCACAAAUUGACCAUCAUGCAAAAAUCCUGGAAAUGUUUAUACUACUUCUUGUAUCCAGAAAGUACUAUCGGAAACGUUUGCCAGAUGUUCUGCCUCUAUAUUUUGAAGAUCCACUACACAAUAUAUGUUAAUUUGAUGUUAAUAGUUCCAUUAUAUUUAAGGUUAAUUACUGAGUUAGCUAUUUCAAUACAGAACCUUGGUUUAAUUACCAGUAAUUUAAAAAUAUUUAACGGUAUGAUAAGAUUAGGAUGGACUUUUAACAUUUUAUUUUAAAUAUUUUUCUUUACAACAGAUAUUGUCAAGUGCAUAUCUUAAAGAUCAGACCACAUUCUCUGUUUACUUUUGCAAAAUUGAAAGAGAAAUGUGAACUAAUACAUAGUGACCUUUGCCAUUUUGUUUUCUUCAAAUAAUCAUUGAAGAAAAGGUAAAUGUUCCUCCAGCACCAAUCCUAACCUUACAUUUUAGUUCAGUCCUGACCUGAAAUAUUAUCUGUCCAUUUCUUCCACAGAUGCUACCUGACCUGCUGAGUUCCUCCAGCACAUUUUUUGCUCAUUUUUCUCCAGUUUACAUACCAUCUGUUCUUAUACAUUAUAUAAACAAAAUCCAGUUCAGGACACUAAUCUUUUGCUGCCUCAGUGUUGUUCUCAUUACACAAUUCCAACUUCAGUCAAUGUUGUUAAAUAUUCUUUGCAUUAGGUACUAUUUCUCUCACCUUCAACAUGCUGUCACCGUCCCUUUUCCCUUAACCAAUCUUUAACCAGUCUGCUGUUGCAGUCUACUGUUCUCUCAUUCAUCUCCAAGGCCCUCGGAUGUGAAGGUGCCUUCCAUUUUCACGUCUAUCUUGCAAAGUUCACACAUUUAAAAGCUUACAGUAAUUCUUGACCUGAUCACAACAGCUGUAAUUUAUUUUCUUUAUCCUGGUAAUUAAACCACAUUCAUCAUUUGCAAUGUAGUCAACUUGGCCCAUAGUACACCUUCUUGCUGUAAGAAAAUUGGGACAAUGUCUGGGAGAACCUAGCCUCAGACCUGGGACAUCCCUAUCCCAAAGUACUUCAAUUCAGAACCUUUCAGGAAAUUACAUAGAAACAUAGAAAAUAGGUGCAGGAGUAGGCCAUUCAGCCCUUCGAGCCUGCACCACCAUUCAAUAUGAUCAUGGCUUAUCAUCCAACUCAGUAUCUUGUACCUGCCUUCUCUCCAUACCCUCUGAUCCCUUUAGCCACGAGGGCCACAUCUAACUCCCUCUUAAAUAUAGCCAAUGAACUGGCCUCAACUACCUUCUGUGGCAGAGAGUUCCACAGAUUCACCACUCUCUGUGUGAAAACAUGUUUUUCUCAUCUCGGUCCUAAAGGAUUUCCCCCUUAUCCUUAAACUGUGACCCCCUUGUCCUGGACUUCCCCAACCAUCGGGAACAAUCUUCCUGCAUCUAACCUGUCCAACCCCUUAAGAAUUUUGUAAGAAAUUACCUGGGUAUAAAGAGAAAAACGCCUGCUAUGAGAGAUAGUAAAAUAUGGGCACAUUGCCAACACUAAGCUAGUAAUUCCAUGUCUCCACUGUCAUUUCUAUGGUAGCCUUCUCUCCACCCUUUUAAUCACAAGAGACUGAAGUUUUAAUCCAUUGUUAUCUAUUGCUGCCGAUCCACAGCAACAAUGCACGGGAGAAACAUGGUUCUCAUAAUAAGUAUCAAGCAUAUAGUAGUUUGUGUUGCACUUUGAUAUGUCAGGAAGUAAUUACUUUUAUUUGAGCCAACUGAACCUUUUUGUUUCAAAUAUCUCUGUGGAAAGAUAACCCUCUGGGCUCAGUCUCGUGCAUAAUACAUGGUAUAAUGAUUUAAUAUCAUUCUUAAGUGUCCUUAGCUCAUUAUGUUUUACAGUUUGGUUGCAUGACUGGAGUUGCAUGUUAUAAAUAAUUUAAGCAUUUACUUAUUUUUCUGAAUGACAAACAAUGCAUCAAAAUGAAAAUCAAUAAUGCUCAAUUUCAUUUACAUGGAAAUGUUCAUAUGCAUUAAAAUGUUCAUCAAUUUUUCAUGUAUUUUGAAAGAGAACUUAAUGUAUGUCAUCUGGCACAUAAUGGUAAAUUCACAGCCUAUAUUAAUAAUAAGUCAAUGACCUGGGCAACACUAGGGCAUUUGGAAUAUUAGGAAAACGCUUUAUUAUUCUGUCAAUGCUGGAGAAUGCAACCAACAUCACAGCUGUUCAAAUUAAUGUCAAACACAUAUCAGGAUAGCUAAAGAUAUUUACUUAAUAUUUUAAACAGAGGUGUAUAUUUUAUGAGAAUGAUCAGUGUUUCCAACAUUUGCUGUUUUAUUUUGUAUUAAAGAAUGCUUAUUCUUUGCUAGGCUUUGAGCAACAUUACUAACAAAGUACAAACCUAUUUACAUUUAUUAUCAUCUGCAACCAUAUAGAGGUUGAACAUCCAUUUUUCUGACAACUGAUGGUCUGCCCACCCCUAUAA